GCAUUUCACAGUUUUGGGAUCACUUUGAAGAAAGUGGAUUGAUUACUCUACUUCGACAAGAUUUGAGACUGACAUACCAAUGAUCUUAAUAUUGUCAUCUGAGAUGGACUGCAUGUUUUACAUUGCAUUGUCACACACCUUAUUUAUACUACAUUGCUACACAGAGAAGAAGUGCACUACCAGUGAUGACUGCAACUUUGUGUCUGGGUCAAAAUGUCUGGUCAGUUGCUGAAGAAAAGUCCUUGAAGGAAAGAAUACCGACUAUAUGUAUUUUGUUACUCUCACACAUCAUGAUUCAGAGCUGUGAUUUUAGUAUUCUGGGCUUGUAUCCAAAUAUUCCACUGCAUUUCACAGAAUUUCUCAACAAUACUCAAGCAUAGCUUUUUGUGUGCACCUGAGUGUAUUUCAGUACCAGACAUGAUAUACUAUCUGAAGAGGACGAUGCUGUUUAGAAAACUGCACUUUAAGCUUUUUAUGCUUGGCUUUGUCUUGUGUGUAGCAAGUCUUGUACUUGUGAACUUUGGUCAUAAUACAGGGAUUAUUAUUCCUCAUUACUUUACUUUACAGUUUCGUGAUGGGUUUUUGUUAAAAUUUACAAAUGCUUCAGAAUCAUUGAAGAAGCCUUGCAGCUGUGAAACCUGUAUUGUAAUGCCUGGAGUUUCAUUAUGGUUUGAUGAGCGAUAUAAUCAAACAGUUUCUCCUUUGCUGACAAAGGAUGACCAUUAUCUUUCAGAAGAUGUCUACAGCUGGUGGCAGAAACUGCAGGGUGAAAUGAAUCCUGGAAAUAUCACUGCAGUGUUGAAAACCUUGUUUGAAACAUUACCUGGGAAAAACCCAAAUUCUAAUCGUGGAUCAUCCCACUGCCGAAAAUGUGCUGUAGUAGGAAAUUCUGGAAAUCUUAAAGGUUCAAGAUAUGGAUCGCUGAUUGAUAAACAUGAUUUUGUGAUCAGGUAUACAACAUUUUAAGGUCUUGCUAGAAAA